CGUACAUUUUGCAACUCAGAAAGUUUUUAACUUUCUCUGUCUCAUGACUCUCAUCUCUACUCUCUCUGUCGAUAAUAAUAGUUUCCUCUCUCUCCACAGCUUUGACUCUAUCUUGUUACCCAAUUCUGAUUACUUUCCAAAGUUCUCUAGAUUUUCUAUUCAGUUUCCAUUUUCAACUAUUCGUAAGCUUCACAAUCUAAGUCAAUUUCACUUUCCAUUUCCUAAAAUCAGAGUAAAACAGAGGAUAUUUCAGUUUUUCUUGUUCAAAUUUUGAAGCAAGCGAUCUUCUUUUUCAUUCUGUUUAAAGAACAAGAUCAGUAGAAUUAGCAAAACCCUGUCCGGGUUUUCGUUUGAUUGAGUUCUUAUAGGUUAAUUCUCUUUGAUUAUAUGAAAGUUUGGUUGAAAAGAGAGUGAAACAGAGCCAUGUUGGACUUAUUGAAGCUGCAAACAGAAUAUGCUGGUGUAGUAUCAAUUAACUUAUUUGUCACACUUCUUUGUGCUUGUAUCGUGAUUGGUCAUUUAUUAGAAGAGAAUCGAUGGAUGAACGAGUCGAUUACCGCUAUUGCAAUUGGAUUAUGUACAGGAUUUGUGAUUCUAUUAACUACAGGAGGAACAAGUUCUCAUCUUUUAAUGUUUAGUGAAGAUCUUUUCUUUAUAUAUCUUCUUCCGCCUAUUAUCUUUAAUGCUGGAUUUCAGGUUAAGAAGAAACAUUUCUUUCGAAAUUUCGUGAAAAUUAUGCUGUUUGGUGCUGUUGGGACAUUUUUAUCCUUCGCAAUCGUUUCGUUUGGUGCUGCUCAAAUAUUCAAAAAGAUGGACAUAGGUGGCUUGGAGUUAGGCGACUAUCUCGCAAUUGGAACGAUAUUUUCGGCCACCGACUCUGUUUGCACCUUGCAGGUGCUUAACCAGAACGAGACACCUUUUCUAUACAGUUUGGUUUUCGGAGAAGGCGUCGUUAAUGAUGCCACGUCUGUGGUGCUCUUCAAUGCAAUCCAGAGCUUUGAUCUCACUCACAUUAGCUCUAAUACUGCGUUGCAGCUCCUAGGCAACUUCUUAUAUUUGUUUAUCAUAAGCACAUUGCUUGGAGUGUUUGCCGGACUUCUUAGCGCGUACAUUAUCAAAAAAUUGUAUUUUGGCAGGCACUCAACUGACCGGGAGGUUGCAAUUAUGAUACUUAUGGCUUACCUUUCCUAUAUGAUGGCGGAGUUAUUUGAGUUAAGUGCUAUUCUCACGGUAUUCUUUUGUGGGAUAGUCAUGUCGCAUUAUACAUGGCAUAACGUGACUGAUAAUUCAAGAAUCACCACCAAGCAUACUUUUGCGACGAUGUCAUUCAUUGCUGAAAUAUUUAUCUUCUUAUAUGUUGGUAUGGAUGCUUUGGAUAUUGAGAGAUGGAAAGUUGUUAGUACAAGUCCUGGAAAAUCAAUUGGGGUUAGCGCAAUAUUGCUAGGUCUGGCUGGAGUUGGACGAGCAGCUUCUGUUUUCCCUCUUUCCUUCUUAAACAACUUAACUAAAAAAGCACCAGAAGACAAAAUUAACAUAAAGCAGCAAGUAAUUAUAUGGUGGGCUGGUCUGAUCAGAGGUGCCGUAUCUGUUGCACUUGCUUAUAAACAGUUUGCACGCGAAGGCUACAAUCAAACGCAAGGAACUGCUAUUAUGAUCACGAGCACUAUAAGUGUCGUUCUUUUCACAACAGUGGUAUUUGGAUUGCUGACUAAGCCCCUGAUAAUACUCUUAAUACCUCAGAAACCUUCAUCCGGGCCAACAACUCCAAAUUUUAAAUCCCAAGAAUCACCCUUAACAUUCCCACUCCUAGUUAACGAGCAAAAUUUGGAAUCUGGUCAGACGGACGCAGGGACUCAAAAUGUGCUUAUUGAUCAGAUGGAAGGGGAGAAUCAAAAUGGACCUAGACGACCAAGACUUGAUAGGCAACUCUCCGCUACAUCUACGGUACACCAGUACUGGCGUAAGUACGAUGAUUCAUUUAUGCGUCCAAUGUUUGGUGGCCGAGGUUUCACUCAACCGGUUGCCGGUGAACCAAUUGACCCAAGUGUAACUGCUCGUUGGCCUGAGUCACCCUGAGCUCAUGAGUAAUUAGUCUCUAAAACCUCAGAAAAUACAUAUACCGCAUUGGAAUUGUGUAUGUAAUUAAAGUCCUUUAACGAGGGAGUAUCCUUGUGAAUUUUGAAAAGUAAAAAAAACCGAGAAUUUUCAACUGUUUUUCUUCAAGUCUCUCUCAAUUGAAUCAAUCUCAAUCGAUUCAAAUUGAGAUGAUAUUUUGUAGUGAUGAUAUUUUGUUAAUUAUGUUAUUGUUGGUUCCGUUUGCUUUC